UAUUAGAAAACAGUACAUGUUUUCAGUUACAACUAAAAUUGGGUAGCCGUCAAAAUGUAUAAUUAGACAUAUUAAAGAUGCAACUCAAGGUAAAUGGCUUGUAACGUAUGUUGACGUGUGGCUCAUAUAUGCUAACAAUUGACUACUGGGUGGACUUGACUGCAUCUUAGUCAUCUAGUUUUAAGGCUAAUCUCCGUUAUACCCCUUUCUUUAAUUUUGACGUAAAAUUGAUUACCUGUACAGACAAUGAAUGGAUGGACAAGUGAUAGGAAUUAAAAUAAUGACUGAAUAUUCCCCAAUGAAUGGCGGAAUAUUUGCCAAAUGUCAGUAGGAAAAUGUAAAAGUUCAUUGAACUAAAAUAAAUAUUGUUGGACAUUUAAGUAGAAUGAUGUUAUUGUAAUUUCUUAAUCUCAAUUUAUUGAAAGACAGUGUGUAUGUAUGUUUGCAUUUACGUAUGCAUGUGUGAUUGUAGCUUAUAUGCCACAUGUUCAUCAACUUUUGUUUUUGUAUACCCCCAAGACCAUCUUUCCAAAUCUCAAAAUGUCAGACCCAAAAGAGGAUGAAUUGCGCAGUGCUGCAAUCAGUUUAAUAGAAAUGCUCCGAAGAACCCUCAAUAAUCCAGCACCAAUUGAGGGACAGCCCACACAACAGGCAGCUAGGGAUUCCAGUCAGGAGACAUCGCAGAGACCACCACCUCAGAGGUCUAUCACAGUGCCUGUGCAGGGGCCUUCAGGCAGCACUGUGCAGCAAAGCAUGGCCAGGAGUUUUCCUGGACUGUUUAACAAAAGAACCAAUUUGAGACCCCACUUACGUUCGACAAAAAAGAGGCCCAGCAGCAAAAUGACACCCGUCCAGUUUUGCCUUUUGCAGACUGCCUUGGAAAAAACACCCAAACUCACUGAGGAGCUCAUGCUUCUACAGGCAGGGUUGGGAAGAAGAACAGUGAAUAUUCCUGAGGAUGCUGGCCAUAAGGAGGUCGCAGACCUUCUUUGUGAGGUGUUUCCAAAAUUGAAUCAAGUCGAGGGAGCAUGGAUGCUUUACAAAGCUAUGGGGGGAUCAGGUCAAAGGAAACUCAUCAUUCUACCACCUGAGGAUGAGGGAUACACUGGAAGCAGCAUUUUGAAGACUUUGGGAAAGUCUUGUUUGUAUAUUAUGCCCAUCCAGCACACACUGGAUAUUACUCCCCUGCCCAUGACUGCUCCAGAGUUCCAGGCCAUGCCAAAAGCACGGUGUCUCUCAUGCCAGAACUAUGUGCCACUGCAGCUCCUCGGGCUCCAUGUCAAGGAGUGUAACAUCUUCAAUGGCAGUGAUGAGACUGCACCUGCAGAUGACACCACUAUGUGUGAGGAUGAUGAUGUGGUCUUGACAGAAAUGCAGCCAGAAGUUUUGGAGAGUAAGGUUGCCUGUCCAUUGUGUGGUCAGCUCUUUAAUAAAGAGGACAUCUGUACACAUGCUAGUUUUUGUGGGGAGAGUAACCGAGCUGAAGAAGACGUCACUGUUUGUGAGGACGUCCGUGGGAACUACAGCAGCGUAUCAGACAUCCUGAUAGCACUUGAGAAGAGGGUGGAUACCUCCGUGACAUUUAACAUCUCAGUUACAAGGGAGGACCUGUUUCAAAGGGGGAUGAAGCAGUGGAUCAGACAAAAAAAGGCCUCACCAAAGAAUCUCCUCCGUGUCUCCUUCAUUGGUGAACAUGGAAUAGAUGAAGGUGCUUUACGAAAAGAAUUUCUCACUGAAAUGGUGCGUGGAAUUGAAUCACAUUACUUUGAAGGAGAUGGGGAACAAGGCAAGAUCCCCAAAUACAAUAUCUUGGACUACCAAGACCACAAUUUCAAGACCUGUGGAGAGAUUCUAGCCACAAGUUUGGUCCAAGGAGGUCCUGCACCAAACUUCUUUACAACACAGUGCUACAACUUCUUGUGCCAUGGAGAGAUGGGCAUCAAUGGUGGGCCUGAGGAGGUUACAGCUCAGGAUAUGAAAAACCUGAAGGCAGAGGUGCAAAAUGCAGAUGAUGAAAAACUGAUGGGAUUGUCAGAUGCCAUUGUGGCUUGUGGUUACCAAGGACCAAUAACUGUUGACAAGAAAAAUGCCAUCACAGAGGCCAUUGGUUUGCAUUCAGUGGUGAGGUUGAUCCCAAUUCUGACUCAGCUUCGUGAGGGAUUCAAACUGUAUGGGGUAACUGAGAUUUUGGCACACCACGAGCAACUGUGCCAAGAGCUUUUUGUCCCUGGCCACAUUACAAAAGUUGAUGCAGACUUCAUCGUUGGUGCUUUUUCUCCAAACUUAAGUGAGGAAGGAUCUGUCAGACGUCGGCAAGAACUGAAAGUUCUUAAUUUUCUGCAGGACUUUCUGCAAAAUCUGGAAGACAGAGAUGGAGACCAUGAAGUGAAAGUCGGUGCAGCUGAAGAAGAAAUGGCUGGUACAUCUGAGAUGAAUGGCAAGGGAAGCAAAUGUCCUUCACUACAGAAUUUCUUUCAGUGGGUCACAGGUCAUGCUCACAUCCCACUGAUUGAGUCUCAACGAAGCAUGUUUAAAAUCAACAUAAAUUUUGAGCAUGACUGCAACUCUCAUUAUGGGGAACAUAGCAUGUGUUACCCAGUUGUCAAUGCCUGUGGGGUUACUAUAACAUUUCCCACACGCCACUUGGGAACAUACAUUGACUUCGAAAAGAACCUAAGCACUGCACUGGAGUUUGGUUAUGAAUUUAGCAGGUACUAAAUGACAAAGAACUCAAGUUAUGUUUAAGUGUUUUGCAGCUAAAUCGUUGUGGUUGUUGCAACCCUGCAGUUUUGAAAAGACAAAAAAAGACUUUUCAGAAAAUGUAUUUGAAAAUGUUUACACUGGCAUGUGUAUC